AUGGCUCCUGAUAUCUUGCCCAACUUUGCUAGAGUAGCCCUUAGUAUCCUAAGCCUCAUCUCAUUUACACCGCAAUACCACCGACUCCGUGAACAAGGCCACUGUAACGGCCUUUCGCUCUACUACGUGCUCUUCAACCUCCUGAGCGCCACAGAACAGCUCACCAUUGGUCUCUUUCUCAACAUCAACAAUAGCGCAUCUCUGCGGCCCGACGCCUUUGUUAAUACCCCAGCUACAGCGGGAGACUGGCUCAAUCUCAGCCAGUUGAUGAUUGUCUGGCUUUGUUCUAUCUACUUGUUCGCUCUGUCUAUUCGGCAUGCGUCUCAAAGCCACGAAAGAAGAAUCCAAAGAGGAGCCGCCAUCACAAUCUUCGUCAUCUUUCUUUCCUUCAGCAUCAUUCCAGUCCUCAUAGACGCCAGUCUGCCAUCAUCCCGAUCCGAACCACGUCGAUGGACCCAGGAUAUCUUCGCUUUACUCCAUUACGUCCUCCUCAUCCCACUGUCCACCGCAUUCAUCAUCGUCGCCGCCAUUGCACAAGCACGCGAGAUACGCUCUCGAGGUGGCGACGCAGGCGCCCUUAGUCUUCCUGGUCUCACUUUCCAAUGCAUCACCUUUACUCUCGUGGCGAUAUCCUGGGUUUUUCGCGUCAAGUACCCGCCGUACUCGCCGUCUUGGGUCGAGUGGUAUCGGUUGAUUGGAUGGACUGUAGUGAAUGAUAGUCUUAUUGGAUGUGUGCGAGGUUUCCUGCUGGUGAUAGCCCUGCGCGAAGGCAUGGAUGAAGGAUGGGGGUCAUUUGAGAGACAGCCUUUCUUGGGUUUGUCGUGA